AUGAAAGACGAGUUUACAUGCUCAAAUGGAUCACUGGCCUUCCGCUAUGUUAUUGAUCUUGGCGGAAUUGUUUACAGUCUUUACAUUUCUGUUCGACAUGAAAGAAGGCAUCACUUCAUCUUCUACAUAUACGCUAAUAUUCUCAGCAGAAGAUGGCCCUUUGUGUUACCUGAAUAUUCAGUGCACAUAACAUUAAGAGGCUCAAGCUUCCAAGCAGCCUAUUCAGCCAUGCAGCAACAAGGGAUACUCUGCAUGGUUACGGCAAGGAUAUCUAGUGUUGCUGAAGGACUGAGAAACAAGAGUGUUUCCUCUGGAGCUGGCAGAGAAGCUAAAUCUAUUAGGCCUUCCCAUGAAGACAGGGCCAAGGGAACUUCACUCAUACUCAUUGAGGAUAGUUCACGAGCAAGUCUUCCUCAGGGGAGAAUGGGUUACAAGAGCAUCAUGGAGAAUUGCAUAUCAAAUGCAAAAGUACUAACAGAGGGAAUCACAAAAACGGGGCGUUUCGAUAUUGUCUCUAAGGAUGUGGGCGUGCCUGUGGUAGCAUUUUCUCUCAGGGAUAGCAGCAAAUACACAGUAUUCGAAGUGUCUGAGCAUCUUAGAAAAUUCGGAUGGAUUGUCCCAGCAUACACAAUGCCACCCGAUGCUGAACACAUUGCUGUUCUGCGGGUUGUCAUUCGAGAGGAUUUCAGCCACAGCCUAGCAGAGAGACUUGUAUCCGACAUUGAGAAAGUUCUGAAAGAUUUAGACACUCAGCCUUCUCGUUUGCCCACCAAAGCUGCUCGUGUCACUGCAGAGGAAGUGCAUAAUGACAAAGGUAAUGGGCUCCAUCAGUUUCACACAGAUAUUGUAGAGACUGAGAAAGACAUAAUCAAGCAUUGGAGGAGAAUUGCAGGGAAAAAGACUAGUGGAGUCUGUUAG